AUGGCUUCACCCCACGGAAGUGGAGGAGGAGCAGGAGGCAGUGGCCAGCCACCCUGCAGCACAUCCAGCGGCAGUUCGCGGGAUCAUGCUGGUACUGCUGGACCCGACCUUGCACUCGGAGAGCAGGAGCGCCUUGUUUCUCACGCUACCAACGGUCUAGAGAUCACGGGAGCCUUCCAGCGAGCACCAGCGCAGCGGGGUUCUGGCAGUACUUGGCAUCAACCGGCGUGGAACUCCAGCUCGACCGCCGGCCCCGACAACGUUUCGCGCAAUUUUCUGGCUGCCGGGGACAAGGGCGGGAGACAACAAAUCCAGUCGAGCGCCCAUGUUGCCGUCCCGACAGGUAUCGGCGGCGUUACACCUCGAGCGGAACUCAGCAGCAGCAGCUGGCGUCGAGAGAAACUCAACAACCAGCCGCAUCUGGCGAGGUCGCAGGGCACACUGAUUCCUCCACGUCAUCAACGGCCGUCAUCACACAUCGGCCUUGCCGCUGCUGCUAAUGGAGGGACGCCAUGCGGUGCAGCGAGGAAGUCCAAGCGUGGGAGGUGUGUCCACACGAACAUCACGGCGCUGGGUGUUAUGGGCAGCCAAAUUAGCGAGGAGCCCAUCGACGAGGAGAAAGGGGAAGAUUCCGGCGAAGAAGGCGUUGGCUCAGCGGCGUCAGAGUAUAGGCGCAACAAACCCGCGUUUGCAUCAAAGGUAGACAAGCUGUUGAGGGUAACCGGCACCAUCAAGUUCCCGGUAGAGGUCCUUGCUGUCCUGACCGACGAGGGAGCAAGGGGCAGUCUCGACGGCGUUGGCGGCAAGCGAAAAGAGAUCUGCAGCCUCCAGGCGGUGUGCCAAAAGUGCGGCAACAUGCUUGGCCUAUUGCGAAGCGAAACGAUCACAGCCGUGGUUCCGGGUCCGGACUUGCAGGAAGUUGUGAUAAAGAUCAAGGGCUGUGAGGGCUGCGGUGUGGAAGCAGUGACGGGUGAUGAUUGGCGAGAGCACGGGUAUUUCCUGUUCGGCAACAAGUUUGCGGUACAUCUCUCGCACAUGGUCACGGCCCGGCAUGCCGUUCAAGGAGGCACGGCCAUAAGCCAUGCGUUCAACAACCUCCUCCGACCUUUGACGAACAACCUGCGAUGGAUGAGCCAGAACAAGUUGGCGAGAAGAGUCCUACAAAACAAUUACCUCACGAAGCAGUUGGUGGACGCCUUCGUUUGCUUCGAGGCCCUCACCGACCACCCGUACGCGUUCCGCAGCUACAAGCACGGCUACACCCCACUUGUCAGCGAAUGGGAUGGCUGCAACAAGCCGGCCGUGAACAUCAGCAUGGAAGAGUAUUUCGGAGCGCGCGAGGAGCAGGUGGUGGACAUGGACCUCGACUGGCUCUGGCUCAUCAUCAGCAUGCUGUCGCCGAUGGUUUUUCGGGAGACAGUCCAGUUCUCGCACAACACGCCUGUCACCUUUUGCCCCCAAAACCAGAAGUCUAACAUCAUCACCAUUCCCGCUCGCGGGAAAGCCCGGCAGCCAGGAGAUGUCGAGGCAGCCGAUGGCAAGGUACUCAUGGACUACGUGGCGACGAAGGGAGAGGGGCAGCUGUUGGAGGACAUGUUGGAAGGCAUGACCAAGGACGACCUGGACGCCUUGUACUGCUUGUGCUUUGGGAAGAACGGGCCGGGAAUGAGCAGAUCCAACACGGAUCCAACAAA